AUGGCCUUGGGGCUGUCGCCCGUGUACCACUGGGAAACCAGCGAUGAUGCAGUCGUCACCUUUGACGCUGUCCAUCGGAGGAUCAUCCACAUCCGAUCUGGUGGCUUUGACACGGUGAACGUCAUCGAUGGUGCCAUCGAUGGGGAACCCCCUCCGGAUGGCCUCUCCGUGCAGCUGGAGCAGGAAGGCAUUCAUUCUUUGAGAUUUUCACCUGAUGGGCUCUACUUCGCAUUUCUGGCCAAGUCCAGACGAGUGGGAACAGUCCAGACGAUGCAGCCUAAACAAGUUCUUUGGCCAAGCUGCAAAUGGAGCAGCAAGGCUGACUUUGAGAUUCUGGGUUACUUUUGGCUGCCUGGAGGGCCGCAGGACUGCAACUCGGAUCUGGCCAUGGUCAGUUCUCACGGCAUCGAGAUCUUUCGCCUGAGCUUCGAGCAGAAGACCUGGAAAUCGUUGAAGACCUUCCCCUCUUCUGUGCGAAUUUGUUGGUUGGAUCCUGCGGCCAGCACCGUAUUGCUUUGCACUGGGACGCGGACUCUUCAACCCUUUGACUUCCGCAGGAGGAAUCCUAAACUUCCAAGAUUUGACCUUGUACUGACUCGCGGCCAUUCCAUUGAACCAGCCGAUGUUGCACUGGUCACAAUUUACGACUGCAGCUACUGCAUACAUGCAGAUGGCCUGACUGGAAAAGUGUCCCUGCGCAACGUCACGAAUUUGGAGCAAGGCACCCCGGAGCAUGACAUCGUCAUCGACAUCUCGGAGAGUGACGCGCCAGUGGGUCCGCUACGUUUGUCGGUGGUGGACAACCUGCUGAUUGUACACUGCUUGGAAAGGAUGGUGGCUUUGAUCUUCGAUAUUCGACACAAAGAACGUGACAUCGUUCCAAGCCUCAUCUCGCCAUGUACUGUGACCUCUCACGAGGGCCCGUUGGUGAUCUGGGAUUACUUGGAUGGUGGCAUCGUAUUGGAUGCCAGCAAGGGUGUGGUGUAUCAGUUGCGCCUUGACUGUGGCAUCAUUUUAGAGGAUUUCUUAUCGCGGCCACCGCAUGAACUGGCCACUGUCCUGAAAUUGCUGCUGCGGAGAACGGGAUGCAGAGAUCACAUCGUGCAACUGCUGCGGAAGGGCUUGGUGUCCAAGACCAACUCCUCGGAAAUGGCACAGGGAUUUCAAGUUCUGAACUCGGCCUAUCGACAGGUCAUUGAAGCCUUAUCUCAAAAAUCGGGUACGCGGCAAACGACGGUUUCGCUUCAGGAGCUUGAGGCACAAAUCGCAUAUCAGUCAGUGCUGUCUGAAAAAGAUAUGGUGACAUUGGUCUUCCAUCCCCACUUCGUCAUGAGUGAGGGUCUGGAAGAGAGCAUUCCAACUGGAAACAACGAUAGCUUUGCAUUGGAGAAUUGGACCAUUCCGGAAAGCCUUCGAGUGACAAAUCCGGGCAAAGGAGGCAAGACCCCAUAUGUCUUGUCAGUGGUCAUCAGCUAUUUGCGAAGUCUGCUGGGACUUCAAAUCUUGCCACACAAAAUUCUGCAGUGCUUUGUCUUCGACAUUUGCGUCUACUUCAGGCAAGAGCAUCUGUUGCAACAGCUGCUGCACUAUCAUGUCCUGUUGGACUCCCCGGAGCUGGCGCUGCGGCUGCAGAUCUUGGCGAAGGACAGUCGGAGCUGGGCCACCCAGGCGAGCCUGGACAUGGCGUUGCGUGUGCGGGAGUUCUCUGUGGUGGCUGAGAUGCUACUCUUUUCCGGGCAGUACCUGGACAUUGUGCCGUUCAUCGUGACUCAGAAGGAUGUGAAUUUCAAGGUGAAGACUCUGCUUGAGGAGUUGGAGAGCGACAUCAAGGCCAAUUCCGAAGAUCCGGAGCUGAUGCAGCAUGUCUUAACUGAAAUCCGACUCUGGAAACAGGAAGCCGAUCUUUCUCCUCGAUCCGCAGAGGGUGGAGGUCAACACCUUGACGUCCUGAGGGAAAAAGGGCGGCAGCGCAAAUGUCUUUGGAAACGAAAUGCCAGGAUCUCCGAACGCAUGGCCAUCCUGGAGGACAAACUGCACUCCGUGCAGAGGGCCAAAGUGCUCAAAGCAUGGCAGCGAGUGUCCAGAAGUGCCCGAGCAGCCCAUCAGGUGUUAGAGCUGAAGCAACUUCGGCUGGUGCAGAUCCUGGUGAAGCGAUGGGCCAGCACAUGGCGAGCUGCACGAUAUCAACGACUGCGUUUGUCAGCGAAAUGCUGGAGAGGCUUCCACGACGAGGUGCGAAGACAACGCGCAGCUGCGCUGGUGCGAAGUCGACGCCAAGAUCUGGAUGCACGAGCUGGGCUGCUUCGCUGGAAUACGGCCGUCUCGUUGCGAAAGAGAGAGGCUGAACUGCGGCAGAUCGUUCAGGUUCGGGCGCUCCGAGUCACAGUGCAAAGAUGGUACAGGCUGAAAUCAUCCAAAGCACUGCAGGUCACACGCAUCCUGCGUUCGUAUCUGCAGGGUUGGUCUGCCAUCACAGGGCAUCUCCUUGGUGAGCGACGCCAGAGGGAGAUUGAGAACUUUGGGACAGGUCCAGGUGCUGGUCCUACAGAGUGGCAGAGCAGGCAACGCCGACGUUGGCAAGGUCGCUGCUGGACUCCAUGGGUGCAGGUGGUCCAGAGAAAGAGGCAGCGGCGACGACACAUCAACGAGGCCAAAGAAGAUCUCAAGAAGCUCGUCACCCUCCAAGCACUUCAUCUUUGGCAUCGUCAGUCCACAAACUCGGCCCGUCGCAAGGAGCAUCUUCGGCAUGCCUCAAUGGCUCUGAUGGCCAUGGUAUCUGCCUGCAGAUGGGCCCGGGCGCAUGACUGCCUUGUCUAUUGGUUCACUCGCACCCAAGCCAGGAGGAUCAUGUGCAAAGAAACUGACCUCAGUGGCGAGACGCUUCCACUUCUGCAGCCACUGCCGUCCAUGUUUGCAGCUCCUGUUGCAGAGAUGCCGGACUCGUCCCCCUGGAAUCUCAGGCCCUCCCACGUCGCACCUUGGCCGACGGCACCGUGGAGUUAUCCCAGCAGCCGCUCUGCGCGCAGCGUGCGCAGCGUGCGCAGCGCGCGGAGCGGGGACCGCAGCGGGGACCGCUGCAGUGGACCCUCCGAGAUUCUGCUGAUGAGCGACGAUGAGGUUGUGGACCCAGCUAUGUCGGUCAGUACAACCCUGGCUCCGGUCGAGCUGCUUUGCAGCAAGAUGAAGCGCUGGUUGAGAUUGGCCUUUUUGCUUUGGCAGCAAGCAGAGCUCAGCAGUGCAGCAACGUCUCUGCCCAUCUUGCAGUGGUCCUGGAGCCUGUGGCGGCAAUCGCGGCUGCGGGCACAGGUGCAUCCCCUGCGAUGGUGGUCGCUGGCGCUGCAGAUGCACAAACUGAGGGAGCUUGAGCUACGGCUUGACUUUCGACGCUUACGCAGAACCCUGAAAGCCUGGUACGACGCAGUGGCCGAGUCCCUCAAAGAGGCUGUCGAGGCUGCACAAGAAGAACUCAGCACCUGCAGGGCCCUUUUCCAGGACUUGACUGCCGGGCCGAAUGGAGUUGUCACAGUUCAGGAAGAGCCCUCCGAGAUUGGCAUUUUAGAACCAGUGACCAGCAAAGACCUGGUCGAAGAUGUCACCAGCCACGAGGUGAUCUGAAGCCCCGGAGCCUGGAGAUCCUGGAGGACCUUCAAUCAUUGGUCGGAAAGCCGUCGUGGCUCUGCGUAGAUCACCGGAGAUUGCCCAGGCGACUGCAGGCCAUGUACAAAUUAUGGGAGAUUGGCAAGCUGCCGAUUCUGCCGAUCCGGUUUCACUCGUUUUUUUAGCUUCUCCCGAGGUUCCGGUGCCAAUGGAUCUGCCAGAUAACCGCAAUGACAAUGUCGAGCCAAAUGGUUUCACAACGAGAGGAAGAA